AUGUAAAUGGAACCAUCAUUAGUCCACUCACAAGCGACAAGAUAUAUCUUAGACAUUUUAAGUUUGAUAAUGGAUCCAAGAUAUGUUACUUUAUUCAUCUUCUUAGUACUUGCCUUACAUGGAGAUACUACUUUGGCAGAAACUUGCAGGCAGUUUGUUAAAGUGCAUCCAUUCUGCUUUAAAGCAAUGUGCAAGGCAAAUUGUGCUAUAGAGGGAAAAUUCUCUGAUGGUUCCUAUGUAAAGGAUUACAGAUGUGAAUCAGGUGGAUUUCACUCGGUGUGCGUUUGCAUUUUGUGCAAACAUUAGUUAUCUAAAGACAAGCGGAGAUAUCUUCUUGUAUUCCUAUAUGUUAUUUAGGAGUAUUGUCCAAAUAAUUAUACGGUAGCUUAGUUAACUAGCUAGUUUGUUUAUUUAUAGACAUAUGUAGCACUAGUUAACUAGUUGUUAUUUCUUAAAUUCUCAUCUAUAUACCAGGAAACAUGUUUUUAGCGCUUCAAUAAUAUAUCUUUGUUCUCCC